AUGCCCGCCACCGUGGCCCGUGCCGAGGCCCUCCUGCGCUCUCUGGGCUACACCGUGACGACAAUCUUUUCCAACCCGGGGGAGUCCUCGGACCCGACCGCCUCGGAUGACGACGCCGGCCCCAUCGACGCCUCGAUCCGCAACCGCCUCGCCGAGCUCCGCGCCGCCUUCGCCGACCCCACCAUCGACAUGGUCCUCUGCACCUGCGGCGGCUCCACGCUGACCGAGCUCAUCCCCUACCUCGUCGAGGACGCGCCCCUCCACGCCCUGGUCCGCGCGAACCCCAAAAUCCUCAUCGGCUACUCCGACAUCACCGUCCUGCACUGGUGCCUCCGCGCCCUCACGGGCCUGCGCACCUUUUACGGGCCCUGCGCGUCCACCGAGCUCGGCGGCGACGUGGCCUCCACCCCGUCCUCCGUCUCCUCCUUCUCCCCGUCCACCUCGGCACCGGAGGACCCGGCUGAGAACGACGCCUACCUCCAUGAGUUCCACCUCGCGACUCUGCUCCAGACGGUCUCGCGCCCCGGCCAGCCCCUGGGCCCGAUCCCCCGCUCCCGAUUCUACGCGCCCCUGAUCCCCUCCGACUUCUUGCCGCCCGCGUCGCGCCCGCCAGCGGACACGCGGCCCCUCCUCCCCUCCCCGGCGUGGACCUGGCUCCGCCCCGGCCGUGCCGAGGGCCGCCUCUUCGGCGGGUGCCUCACCGUCGUCUCCCGCAUCCAGGGCAUCCCGCGCAUCACCCCCGACUGGCGCGGCAGGAUCCUCUUCCUCGAGUCCGCGAUGGCCGAGGGCGAUCUGACCAAGGGGAACCCGUUGGCGAGGGUGCAGCAGGCCGUCGCGGACCUCGCGGCGCGCGGCGUGUUUGACGAGCUCGCGGGGCUCGUCAUCGGGCGGCCGUACGGGUACAACACGGACAAGCAGAGGGCCGAGUACGCGGCCGUGUUCCGGGGCCUGCUUUGCUACGGCCGGUUGGCGGAUCGCAAGUUUCCCAUCCUGAUGAACGUCGAUGUCGGCCAUACCUCGCCCAUGGUGACGUUGCCAAUGGACGCGCUGGCGGUGCUGGACUCGGACAAGGAUGAGUUCGCCAUCACGGAGGCGGCCGUGAUCUAG